CCUUCACCUUGCUAAAAAGAGUAUUUAAAGUGGGAUUUUUUUUAAAGUUUUUUAAAAAGUUAUGUCUGACAAAAAUCUAGGAUAUACUCUGAGGUGCCAAAUAAACGUAUCCGCUCGUAUACUUAUAAUAUAAUGUAAUAGCGCUAUUAUACACCUGAAAUUAAGAACCUCCAAUCCCUCAAGGUUGUUAUUUAUGCUCACUCCAAAUUCCGAAGCAUUAGGGAUAUUUUUUUGUUUUAUCUAUGGAUUUGAAACGGAGUAUACCAUAAUAUAAUUUAAAAUAUUCAUUUUUUGUAUUGUUUAGAUCAUGUUUAAACAAAAAAUAAAUAAAAGGUAUGCAGCUCGAUCAAACUUUAUCAGAAGAAAUGUUAAGAAGCAUUUAGAAGAAUUAGAAACUUCGAAUAGUAGCAUGCAAAUAAGAUUGAAAGACUUGCAACAAAAUGAAAUUUUAUCUUGCACCAGCAGCAGUGGGCAGAAUUUGGUUGACGGGAGCAAAAGUAUAGAUUUUGAAAUAACAGAUAAUCAAUUUAAAAGUGAAACAAAUGAUGUUGAGCAAAAUACAAAUACUGUUGAACUUACGAAUGACUCUUUCUCUCCACUGAGUUCAUCCGAUGAGAAUGGCAAUAACUAUUACCCAUCUUGUUCAAAUGAUUGUGAUGCAAACGAGCAUAAUGAAAAUUUACAGGACUUGCUUGCAACUUGGUCUGUAAAGCAUAACAUAAGACAUACUGCUUAAUCUGAAUUAUUACUUAUUUUUGGUCGAUAUCAUCCCUUACCAAAAGAUGCUAGAACUGUUUUAAAAACCAAGAAACUUGAUUAUAUAACUGUAAUGUAUAAUAUCCACAAUAAUUGUGGUGAAUAUGUUUAUAUAGGACUUAAAAAACAGUUAAUAAAAUUAAUGGAAAAUGCAAACAAAGUAACAAUAUAUGGAGACUAUUGUUUCGGUUUAGCAUUGAUGGGUUGCCACUUUUUAAAAGUUCUGCAAAGCAAUUUUGGCCAAUACUUUGUUCAGUAAAUUAUGAUGGAACUACCUAUAAACUUUUUGCAGUUCGCUUGUUUUGUGGAAGUAGUAAACCAAUAACAGCGGACGUUUUUUAUAUGAUUUUGUUGCAGAGGUUAAAAAAUUUGAGAAGCAAGGAUUUGUUGCAGCAGGUUCUUUUUUUACAAUAGCUGUGAAUGCUUUUAUAUGCAAUGCACCUGCUCGAGCAUUUGUUAAAGGUAUAACAAGCCACAAUGGCUAUUAUGGGUGCGAAAGGUGUAUUCAAGUUGGAGAAUAUGUUGAAAGAAAAGUUACAUUUCCAGAGUUGUAUGCAGAGAAGCGAACAGAUGCCUCAUUUUUUAAUCGUCAACAAAAACAGCAUCAUAAAAAAAAUAUUAUAUCACUACUUCUAGAGCCUAAUAUUGGACAUGUUUCUCAAUUUACUUUGGAAUAUAUGCAUCUUGUAUGCCUUGGUGCGACUUGGUGAAAUUGUUAUUGCAUUGGCUUCGUGGCUCACGAAACGUUAAAAUAAGCGAAGGAAAUGCUGAUACUAUAUCUAAAGAGAUGAUUAGCUUAGUUAAUUGUAUUCCUUUUGAGUUUUCCAGAAAACCACGGUCUCUCAAAGAAAUAAGUUGAUGGAAAGCCACGGAAUUUAGACUUUUUUUAUGUUACGUUGGUCCGGUUGUUUUAAGGAACCACUUACCAUCGAAAAUAUACCAUCAUUUUAUGCUUUUAAAUGUUGCUAUUUCGAUACUAGCUAAUCCAGAUGCAUCUUAUAUUUAUUUUUAUUAUGCUGAAAAACUAUUAAUAAUGUUUGUUAAAGAACUCUCUAGUUUGUAUGGUGUUAGUUCGUUAAGUUACACUUUGCAUAGUCUUAUUCACAUAUGUGAUGAUGUUAGACGUUUAGGCGCUCUUGAUAAUUUUAGCGCAUUCCCAUUUGAGAACAUGCAUGGCUCAAUGAAAAAAAUGAUAAGAACUGGCCGAUUGCCACUAAGACAAUUGUGUCAGCGUUUAUCUGAGCAAAGUUUUGCUUUUUUGGAUGAACCGAAAUUAUUAGAACCGACAUUGCGUAAAACUCACCACCAAGGUCCAACUCUUACCUUUACAGAAGUACAAUAUAAACAACUUAAAUUUUCUAGUUGUCUUUUUUCUACCGAAAAAGCAAACCGAUGCGCGUUAUUAAAUGAUGGAAAAGUUGUUGUAAUUUGCAAUAUUAUUGACUCAGAGCAUGAUGGAAUAAUUAUUAUUUGUCGCAUUUUUAAAAUAAUAACAAAUUUUUACAGUUAUCCAUGCGAUUCAUCAAAACUUAAUGUCUUCAAAGUUGAUCAGUGGUCAGAACAAUAUUCAUAUUUUCCAUUAUCGUCAAUCUUUAAAAAAUGUUUAUUGCUGCAGAGAAAAAAUUAUUUUGUAGUUUUUCUUUUCCUUUAUUGUUUAAAGUUUA